AUGUCGAAACAUAACACCAUGACUUCGCAUUUGUCCGAGGUUCUGGCUCAACAGCAACAUAAUUUGCAGCAACUUCAAAAUUUGCAGCAGCGUGCCAAGAGUUUGACCUCUAACGAAUAUCCAGGAAAUACCAAUUACAUGCCACAAAGCCCAGGAAUACGCCAGCAGCAAGUGUACGAUCAGCAACCUCAAGUACCCCUGCAGUCUCAGCCGUACCCGAUGGAUGGCUUGACAUCGGGUUCUCCGGCCGCCGACACAUUGACUACUCAGGGGGGACGUACGAACAGCAUGUCUACGUAUCAGAACGCCGCAAAUAUUGUCGCCCCAGUGGGCAUCCAAGCAUCUAGUGGUUCGGCGCAGGGCCAGUUUAUGCAACAAGCACCGGCACAAGGACAGGCUCCGAUUCAAGCCCAUCUCCGACAGCAGCAGACUCCAGUCAAUGGCCAAGAGACCGCUGUGCAACAGCCCCAGGCAGCUAUGCCCGGCUCGAACAGAGCCGCAAUGCAGGGAAGAAAUUCUUUAACGAACGCCUCGAGCGUUUCAAGAGCUAGGACUUCUAUGAAUCGCAAUAACGCUAACGCACAACAGGACCCCAGAUCUCCGCUUGUGAUUUUAAUGCCAACGAACGCGCAACCGACAGAAGUUCUAGCUAAUCGGUUUGCCGCCUGGAGAACUGUCAUCAGAGCCAUCAUAACAUAUCUGACUGAAACCGCAUCGAUUCAGGACGAAAUUGUCAGACAACAGUUGAGGUUGACACAUGCAGUCCAGUUCCCAUUUUUCGCUACUGAAAAUCAGCACCAGCCCUCUGCCCCAGAAGAUAGGUCUAUCCAAAAGUUUUUCUUACCUUUGGGUAAUGGAUCUAUCCAAGAUUUACCAACUAUUCUGAAUCAAUAUCACGGCUCUUUAGCCUCUCAUGCAUCUCGCACUUCGAAAGAAUUAACCAACGAAGUUAUUCCUCGCUUGGAGGAUCUGAGGCGCGAUUUACUGGUUAAGAUGAAAGAAAUCAAGUCGUUACAAUCGGAUUUCAAGAAUUCAUGUUCUAAGGAAUUACAACAAACUAAGCAGGAUUUAAGAAAUUUCUUAGAAUCUAUCGAAGAGGCAAAAUAUGGGACUGCCAAGCAAGAUCCCUACCUAACAAAGAUAAUACUGGAUAGACAAAUUAAGAAGCAGCUGACUGAAGAGAAUUUCGUUCAUGAGGCGUUUGACAAUUUGGAAAAUUCUGGAGCCGAACUGGAAAAAGUGGUAGUGAUGGAAAUCCAAAAUGCUCUGACCAUCUAUGCACGUCUAUUGGGAGAAGAAGCCCAACUAGUUUUCGACUGUCUAUUGUCAAAGAUGGAGGUUGGAUUCUUUAGUAAGGAUCCGCAACUUGAAUGGGAGAACUUCAUUUUGAGAGACCCCAACUUUAUCGUUCCAAACUUGCCAAUGAGGAAAAUGAAGGAGAUUGUUUACAAGAAUCAAAACGAUCCACUGACUUAUGAAAUUAGAUCAGGCGUUUUGGAAAGGAGGUCCAAAUUUUUGAAAUCUUACUCGAGAGGCUACUAUGUUUUAACUCCGACCUUCUUACAUGAGUUCAAGACUGCCGAUAGGAAGAAAGAUAUUGUUCCUGUCAUGUCCUUGUCUCUGAAUGAAUGUAGUGUUACGGAACACUCAAAGAAAGGGUCUUCUGAUGAUCGGUUUAUCCUACACGCCAAACAGAAUGGCCUGAUCCACCGCGGUCACAACUGGGUAUUUAGGGCCGAUAACUAUGAGACAAUGAUGGCAUGGUUUGAGGAUUUGAAGAUUUUUGCAUCAAUCGGUAAUGCUCAAGAGAAAGCUAAGGCCGUUAUCGAAAGACUUGGUUUGCAAGUUGAUUCAAAGGGGCAGCCAAACUCUAAGCUCUCAUCUUCCCCCAACCCUGCCAGGCCCUCGAUGUCACAGCCACCUCAAGACCAGCAACGUGUCAGCAUGGAUGUACAAAGUAACAACAUGGACAUCCUAACUCACAACAAUAUACCGUCUUCUACACCCAGGCUGGACAAUCAAACUAAUACGAUCACAACGUCUUCCAUCCCAGAUACCAGGGACUUUGAAAUUGACAAUUCCAUUCCAAACAUAUACAUUGACAUUCCUGCUAAUGAAGCCAAAAACAAGCGGUAA